ACCUCAACGUCAACACUAGCACCACCACCGCCCACCCAACCAAGCCCUCCGCCCGAUCACGACAAAUUUUCUUCCACACGCGCAGCAACCAACGGGCAGUGCAUCGCGGUUUAUUUCCCAGUAUCUACAGCAUUCUGUUUUAUAUAUAACCCUAGCGUGCUUCUUUCCUGCCCUCGCUUGCCGUUCUCCCGCCUUCUCCUCACGGACAUGGUUCGAUGCCAGUAGACAGCGAACCCGACACGCGAGAAAUCCUCGCCUCUCCUUGUCCCUCAUCAACCGUCUACGCCGCUUUGCAGUAGCUCUCAACACACUUUACAUUUACUAUUCCUUUCUCUCAUGGCGUUUCGCGGCGACGACCAGCGCCGCUACGGCCAGGUCCCUCCCGUCCAGUACCCAGUCUCCAACCAGUACUCCGCCCAGCAGCAACAGCAAGCCGCCGCUGGGAGAAGACUCAGCUACAUGGAUGGUGAUGAUGGCGCCUCUUACCAUGAUCCGACGUCCCCUCAACAGCAUUAUCCGCAAAACACCAACCAGGACGAGCUCUUCAUGUCGAGCCCUGCCCAGCCCGCGGGCUUUCAGCACCACCAACAACAGCAGCAGCCACAACACCACAACUCCAUGGCUGGUUAUCACCAUCGCUACCAAGACCCUGCCCAACCCACACAUGCGAAUGCGUCGUACAACCCGCAAUCAUUUGCACCUCCGCCCAACUCAGGCUUGUCAGGCGGCGUAGGUCUGCCGUACACGCCACACCCUGCUGCUGGCAGAUACGCCCACUCCAACGCUCAAGGCGCACCCGACACGGCGCCUCAAUCGACGUACAACCCUCAGUCAUACAAUCCUGCUGCGUACACCAGCCCCGUCAUUCCCCAGCGCCAGCCCAGCUACGGUGGCUAUGACCAGGGCUACGGUGCGCAGGCAGCGUCUCCGUACGGCCCGUCGCCGACAACGACUUACGCUCCUUCGUUUGCCCAGCCUCUGCACUCGCCAGGCCUGUCAGCUGGUUAUCAGCAAUCGCUCAACAGCCCGACCUCGAUCCCAAGCUCAACCUCGCAGCUGCCAACUCCUACAUACGAUCCCUCUCAAUACGCGACGGGACAAUACCAAGGCUACCCCAACGGCAACGGCGCACAUCCAGCACCAUACCCCCCAGCAUCGCACAUCCCUGUUGGGCCAGAGUACGAAUCCAACGAUCAUUCGCCACACUACCAACAGCCUUCGCGAUCUGGUUCACACGCGUCUAGCGCUGCUUCGCACUACUCUCAGACGCCUGCGUCGCCUGGUCUCCAACGCCAUCCUACAAACGCGCCACUACCCAGCCGACCGCUUGAUGGAGCAAACCAACAACGAUGGAAUGAUAAUGAUGCCUACGAGGCGGAUGAAUAUUCGAGCGAUAAUGCAAACUUCCAGGAUAGCAUCAUACAGGAUAUCGAGGCCGAACUCAAUGUAGGAAAUGCCCAUCCUCGCCGACCUCUGCCAGCAAACAGCGCCAUCGCGCACGAACAGGCUUCGCACCUUCAACGCUACGCAUCCGACGCAACCACCCUUGACAGAUCACCUAGACAGGGUUCACCACGAUACGGACAAGGAUCCUACGACCACGGAGACGACCAUGGUGACGAUGACGAAGAUCCCGAAGCUACCGCUGGCAUCCUCGCUAUGCAACAGGCCGAGCUUGACGACGCUCGCUUCAGCGGAAGUACAUUCGCAUACGUCGACAUGCCCGCCAUGCCUGCUGUACAGAUUCCCAACAAAGACCUGCCUCCGCCACCCGAGGAGCAGACCAUCAACAGCGACAGUUCGAGCGACUUUGGCGGUGCCGGCAUGGACCUCAGUGGCUUUGGUGGUGGCCAUGUUGGUACAUACAGCAACUUUGGAGCGCCGCCUGGUUCUUCGUCGUCUCAAUUUGACAGCGCCCAAAUGCCGACGCCCCGAUACUUUAACAACCUGCGUCAAGAUUACAGACAGGCGGCCGCUUACGACCAUGUCGAGGUUGACUAUGGUGGCACAGGUGGUCUGCAACCCCCUACUGCCUCUCGCCUCAGCUUUGAUGAGGGAGACGAGAACGUAUCGAUUCACUCCCAAAACAGUGGCAUCGAAUCGCCCAAUAAAGACGACCUACCAGAGUUCUUCUACCACCCCGGCCCAACAAAUCGUCCUCUGCCUGCGAUACCUCCUGGCCCUGGAUCAGACAGUAGCUCAAUGUUGUCUGCACAAAAUAGCGUGCGCCAGCCACAGCAUGCACACUCUGGGAGCGCCGACUUCCGCAUGGCACACGAUCCGCGCGAUAUGGCCUAUAAUGCUAAUCAUCAGCUUCUUCAACCUGAGCGCUCUGUAUCUGUAUCUGAUCAUAGCACCACGCCGCAAGUUGUCGCCCCAGCCCGUUCUAGAACCGACGCCGACCAAGAACGCAAGAAGAUUACACGCCACCAGAUGACUCCUUCGCAAAGCGGAACAAUCUACUCCGACUACGAAUCGACGGCUGUACCUGCUGCCGGCUUCGACAACAUUACGCUACCAACUCGCAAGCGCAAAUUCAUUCCUGGUAAACUUACAAAGGCCGAUUUCGUGCGAUGCAGCGAGCCUUGGGCCCUCAGUUCCGUGGAGGCUUGGUUGCGCGAGAUGACACAGGGCGAGCCAUACUUGCGGGAGAAGACUGUCGAAGAGACAUUAACAUCGCUGUUCACCGACAAGGUUGCUACAAUGAACGUCGCCGAUGCUGAAGUGCUUAGCAGCUCCGUCUUUGCCAGCAUGCUCAAAGCAGGUGUUCUCCUACCCGACGAGGAAUGGGUCAAGUUUGGCGAAGGCCACAUCUCAGGCGUGCUCUGGCACCUUACCGGCAGCGGUUGCUAUUCACCUAAGCUGCACGAGUACAAGACUACAGGCCGUUGUUACUCAUUCCACUGUACGAGAACAAGCAAGAAAGCCGACUUGGAGGAUGUCUUCCAAGAAGAGGCCAAAGAUGCGGCAUGGAAUGUCUUUUAUGGACUCAAGCCGGAUGACUGGGCUCACAAGUCUAACAAGGAGGUCGAACGUCAAAAUAUCUUGCACGAAAUUGUUACCGGUGAGGAGGGCUACAUUCGACAGCUCGAGGUAUUCCGUACACUCUGGAGGGAUGACCUUCGAAACCGCAACCCUCCAAUUAUUCACCCUGACAAGCGGGACCGAUUCCUUGCUACUGUGUUUGGCAAGGUUGAUACUGUUGUGCAAAUCAACAAGGAUUACCUCUUGGCUCAGCUCAAGUAUCGCCAGCAAGAACAGGGCCCUUGGAUCUCUGGUUUCAGCGACCUGUUCCGCGAAUGGAUUCGAAAAGCUAAGAACAUUUACAUUGAAUACGCGACGGCCUAUCCCAGAGCUGAGUAUAUGAUGCGCAAGGAGGGCAGACGGAAUCUCUUGUUCAAGAAGUUCCUUGACGAGAUGCAGAAGCACAAGGCAUCUAUGAAGAAGGACUGGACCCAUUUCCUUAUUGCCCCCUUAACGCGCCUUCAGCGUUACAUCUUGCUCUUGGAGAGUGCCGAGAAGAAGAUGACGUCUGAGAACGAAGAAAAGACAAACUUGGCCAAGGCCAUUCAGGAAAUCAAGGUAGUUACUCUCGAGUGUGAUGCCAAGGUUGCAGAGACCAACAAGAGAGUGGAAAUGAUGGAACUGGAUCGUAAGCUUGUCCUACGCCCCGGCUUCCAGUCUGUCCUGAACCUCGACCACCUGGGCCGUGCGCUCAUCAUGCAGGGCGACCUACAGCGUCUCGGAAACAAGGGCAUGCGCUGGGUUGACACGCACGCAUUGCUCUUUGAUCACUACCUGAUUCUUGCCAAGAUUGUUCUCAACAAGGAUGGCCGUGGGGAGGACAAGUAUGAUGUCUCCCGUGAGCCUAUUCCCAUGCCUCUCUUAUUCUUGGAGAGCAUGAACGAUGAGCCGAUUGUUAAGCAAAAGGGUAUUACAGCACCUCUGACUCGAACGGCGCCUGCAACAGCUAGCGGUGCGCAGCUUAGCAAAGUAUCGAGCAACGGCGGUAGACCUACUCUAGAGCACACAAACACGAGCUCGUCAUUCAAUACCUUGUCGCCGGCCCCUUCAAACGACCCCGACAGUAAGAUUCUGUACCCAUUCAGAAUCAAGCACCUUGGCCAUGAUGUCUAUACACUCUACGCGCCGUCUGCACAAGACAGACUAGCAUGGUGCACCAAGAUUGUGGAAGCCAAGACGAUGCACGCCAAGGCCCUCUUCUCACAAAAUGCUGAGCCUUUCCGCCUGCGCGUUCUGGCAGAUGCCUCGUUCCAUUACGAUGCUUCCUCUGUCCAUGCAAAGAUUACGUCCGUCCCUGUCAGAGGUACUCCGCUUGACCGCGCCAUUCAGGAGCUAGAGGCAGUUCUUGGUCCUGCUCAAGGCACAGGACCUGUCUCACGCACGCAAGUCAACUGUGCCGCGGGCUUCUCCGCCUUUGGCAAGUCCUUUAUUGCCAUUGGUACAGAGUAUGGUGUCUUCAUCUCGGACCCUACUAACCCACGAGGAUGGACAAAAUCGGUGACGGCGGCGCGCGUAUCGCAAAUGGCCAUCUUGGAAGAGUUCAACGUGUGCUUGCUCAUUUCUGACAAGUCGCUCAUCUCGUACCCCUUGGAUGUCAUUGCGCCAGUGUCCGACUUUGCACCUCCUGGAAGUGACUCGGCGCGCCGUGCGCCCCAGCGACUAGCCAAGGAUGUAUCGUACUUUGCCACGGCGAAGAUGAAGGACCGCACACUAGUGUUUUACAAGCGCAAGGAAGGCUUGCACACAUCGUUCAAGGUUCUGGAACCACUGUACCACAAGGCUUCGGAGAAGAAGACACGCCUCUUUGGUGGCCGCAAGUCGGCCGGUGGCAGUACGGACACGUUCCGCGACUUUGACGAGUUCUUCUUCCCAACAGAGUGUUUCUCGCUCAGUGUUUUCCAGACGUACAUUGCUGUUGCCACGGCCAAGGGUAUCGAGAUGCUUACACUGGACAAGAAGCAGCCCAUGUCGAUCCCAGACCUUAAGGCGCCAGCAAUUGCCAAUAUUGCCAGCCGUAUUCGCGACCAGCGCCCGCUCGGCAUGUUCCGACUAAACGAGAAUGAGUUCCUCUGCACGUACGAAGACUGUGCUGUGUACGUCGACAAGCACGGCGAUGUUAGCCGCACUCUCAUCAUGGAGUACACUGGCAAGCAGAAGAAGGCUCGCGGCGCCACCAUGUACGGCCAGUAUCUGCUGCUCUUCAACGAGGACUAUGUGGAAGUACGCAAUGCUGAGAAUGGUCGUCUGCGCCAGAUCAUUGCCGGUCGUGAUGUUCGUGUUAUCGACUACGGCAUCCGCGGCCCAACUGGUGGUAACGCCAUGCAGACUACGCUUGGCCAUCACGGCGGAACGGCGGGUGAUACCAGCAAGGGCACGGUGAAGAUUGCCAUGGCGCACCCCGAGAUUUCGGGACGCCAGAUUAUCUUGGAAAUGCUGCUUAAUGACGGGCAUGCGGAGGGUAAAUAGAUGCCUUGGUAUCAGGGGUGUGUGGGAGGUAAAUAUAGUGAUGGAGAUAUGAAUUGGUUGAUGAUGAUUAUUUGCUUGACCAUAUUUAGGAUAUGGGACUUUAUUUUUGAUACCCCCUUUUUGUCUAAGGGCUGAGCUCGGGCUCCGAGAGGUGUUUGGUGUAUGGAGGGGUGCUGGGAUAUAUAUUCUUAUGGCAUCAUAUAAUAUAAUACAUGAAUUACCUACCG